UCUUUUGGUCUUGGCAGACUCACCUUGUUGCAGAAUGUCAUGUUAUGGUGCAGGCAUCUGCAACAGUUAAACAUUCCACUUUACAUUUCAUCUCAGACUAAAGGAUGGGUGACGAUGUAACAAUAGUUAGCCCGUCCACUUUGAGUUGGAGGGUGAAAUUGGCUUAUGGGAUUGGCCAUGUCUUGAAUGACCUCUGUGCUUCCAUGUGGUUUACUUACUUACUCCUCUAUUUCCACUUUGUUCUCAAAUUCAACAAUGCAUACUCAGGUAUCAUCCUAUUGAUUGGCCAAAUUGCCGAUGCUGUCUCUACGCCAUUCAUCGGGAUAGAAUCCGAUCGAGUGGAUGACUUCUGGUUCUGCAAGUAUGGGCGACGGAAGACAUGGCACCUCGUUGGUACCAUUUGUGUGCUGGGGACUUUUCCAUUCAUCUUUAUGCCCUGCGUUCAGUGCGAAAAUGCCCAUCAGGGAGCCCAGAUGGUGUAUUAUGCAGCAUUUGUUAUCAUCUUCCAGUUUGGUUGGGCAGCAGUCCAAGUUGCCCAUCUCGCUCUCAUCCCCGAUCUCACUCCAGAUGAACACGAGCGCACAGAACUCAAUGCCAUCAGAUAUGCAUUCACGGUGCUGUCCAACAUCUCUGUUUACACCAUCACCUGGGUGGUCCUAGGCUUGCAGCAGGACAAUCCUGGGACACAAAAGAUUGGCCCUGAAGACACUACCAGCUUCCAGAGUAUUGUGCUGAUCACUGUCUCAGUGGGAGCUUUGUUCUCUGUACUCUUCCACAUGGGUGUGAAGGAGUCAUCUCCACAGCCUUACACCACCUUGGAUGGUGGAGAAACGAGAAAGAUGAAAGUCAUGGACUGGUUGCGCAUCUUUCCACUCUAUCAGGUGGCAGCACUUUACAUGCUGGCCCGCCUGUUUGUAAACGUGACCCAAGUCUACAUUCCACUCUACCUCCAAGAUUCCCUGGAAUUGAAGGAGGAGAGCAUUGCUGUGAUCCCUCUUGUGAUGUUUAUCAUCGGUUUCCUCUCCUCCUUUGGCAUGAAGAAACUGAACCAGAUGGCUGGGCGCAAAAUCACAUAUGCCUUGGGUGCUGCACUGGGAAUAGGGGCAUGCAUAUGGGUGCAGCUCGGGUCGGAGUCAACGCUGUUUCGCACUUACGAGGUGUAUGCUGUGGCUGCCCUCUUGGGUGUAUCCAUGACCACAGUCCUCAUCACUUCACUAUCAAUUACAACCGAUCUCAUCGGGCAAAACAUUGAGAGUGGGGCCUUUGUCUAUGGCGCCAUGAGCUUCUGUGAUAAACUUGCCAAUGGUGUGGCUGUCCUUCUCAUUCAAGUCGUCCAUCCUUGUCGGGAUGUGUGUCCAGGGUGUGGCGGGUACUACAGGGACAUCAUCUCAUACUUUUCUGGGAGCACAUUGAUAUUAUCCCUGGUGGUCGUUGCCACCAUCAUCCCCACCACUUUCCAUCGACCUCGCUCAGGUGGGUUGCCCUUGGUUGUGGUCUCUUCUCCUUGA